UACGUCACCAGAAACGCACAGCCAGUCCUCAGUUCACUCAAGUGUCAAUCCGGCCGGUUUCCUCUUCGCUACAUUACCGGCGUAAAACUCAACGGUGACCCAAAAAAAGUUCGGCUGGGAGUGAGAUGGAUGAAUCAUCGGAACAAACGCGACCUUUCUUGAGAACCGGUCUAGAUGAGGAGGCAAUAGUUGACCAUGGAAAGACGAGCUUCUCCACGCAAUCAAACUACGAAAAGGACGAGUCAGAAAGCCACAGAGCGGUGUACGUAGGCGUUCAUGUUCCUCUUGGAAGAGAAAACAAGCGGAGGCAUCGUCACAGAGGACACAAGCACCACAGAAAAAGAAGGGAUAAAGAUUCUGAGGACGGAAAGGAAAAUGACAGAGAAUCUCCACCUUACGACACUCCAUCCCAGCGGGUCCAGUUCAUUCUGGGCAUGGAGGACGAUGACUUGGAACAUGUCCCACAUGACCUCUUCACUGAGUUGGAUGAGCUUUCCUUCAGAGAUGGUAGUGCUACUGAAUGGAAGGAAACUGCCAGGUGGCUGAAGUUUGAAGAAGAUGUGGAGGAUGGAGGGGAAAGAUGGAGCAAGCCUUAUGUGGCUACGCUUUCACUGCACAGUUUAUUUGAAUUACGUAGCUGCAUCCUCAAUGGCACGGUCAUGCUGGACAUGCGAGCCAACAGUAUUGAGGACAUCGCUGACAUGGUGAUAGACAGCAUGGUGGCGUCAGGCCAGCUCAAGGACGACCUGCGAGCGAAGGUGCGAGAAGCCAUGUUGAAGAAACACCACCAUCAGAACGAGAGAAAGCUCAGUAAUCGCAUCCCUCUGGUGCGCUCCUUUGCUGACAUAGGCAAGAAACAUUCUGACCCAUUCUUGCUUGAAAGAAAUGGAGAGGGCCUGUCCUCUUCGCGUCUGUCCCUCCACAAGCCAGGAGCACCCUCUUCUGCUUCCAACCUGGUGCAAAGACAAGAGUCCCGAGUUUCCAUCCUACUCAACCACCUCCUGCCCUCCUCUUCGUCCAACACGGGACGCUCCCCAGGUCCCUCUCCGCUCACCACCCCUCAAAGUACUCCUGCUUUGUUUAGACGCGCUUCGCCCAGCCCCCCGUGCACCCAUGGAGCAGGCUUUGGCUCUCAUAGCAUCCCAGAGGUAGUGGUAUCGCCUCCCAACGAUGAUGACCCACCAAAUUCGGCAGAGGAAGAGGCAGCAUCCCCGCAGCUCAGCUGGCAAUCAUCCUGUGCAUCCCAGGGGCUUGAGCAGCUGCCCUUAGAAGGACCACUGGUGCAUCCGAGCUCGGUUCCAAAUUACCUGGACAGUGAUAAGGCAGUGGAGCGGCGACCUUCCAAAGUUGGGGUCAGUAGAGAAAGCAGCAGUGUCGACUUCAGCAAGGUGGACAUGAAUUUCAUGAAAAAGAUUCCCCCCGGUGCCGAAGCAUCCAAUGUUCUGGUGGGAGAGGUGGAUUUCUUGGAGAAACCCAUAAUUGCAUUUGUUCGCCUGUCCCCUGCGGUUCUUAUCACUGGCCUUACUGAGGUUCCAGUGCCCACAAGGUUUCUGUUCCUGCUUUUGGGUCCUCAUGGAAAGGGUCCUCAGUACCAUGAGAUUGGCAGAUCCAUGGCCACUCUGAUGACAGAUGAGAUUUUCCAUGACGUGGCAUACAAGGCCAAAGACCGAACCGACCUUCUCUCUGGGAUUGACGAGUUCCUUGAUCAGGUGACUGUCCUACCUCCUGGAGAGUGGGACCCCACGAUCCGGAUUGACCCUCCAAAAAAUGUACCAUCUCAGCUGAAGAGGAAAAGGCCAUCCCAUCCUAAUGGCACCACAUCUCCAGGUGGAGAACAUGAAAACGAAGGGGACCACUAUGCAGGACCAGAGCUUCAGAGGACUGGCAGGAUAUUUGGCGGUCUCGUAUUGGAUAUUAAGCGGAAGGCCCCGUUUUACUGGAGUGACAUCAGGGAUUCCUUCAGCUUGCAGUGUCUAGCCUCCAUCCUCUUCCUCUAUUGUGCCUGCAUGUCUCCUGUCAUUACUUUCGGCGGUCUGCUUGGCGAGGCAACCAAAGGCAAUAUAAGUGCCAUUGAGUCUUUGUUUGGGGCAUCCUUGACGGGGGUGGCAUACUCUCUCUUUGCCGGCCAGCCCCUAACUAUUCUUGGCAGCACAGGGCCUGUUUUAGUCUUUGAGAAGAUCCUCUUUAAGUUCUGCACGGACUAUGGUCUGUCCUACUUGUCGUUACGAACUAGCAUUGGUUUGUGGACAGCCUUCCUAUGUAUUGUCCUGGUUGCCACAGAUGCGAGCUCCCUGGUAUGCUACAUCACCCGCUUCACGGAGGAAGCUUUUGCAGCACUUAUCUGCAUUAUUUUCAUCUACGAGGCUCUUGAAAAGCUUUUCCAUCUUGGAGAACACUACCCUGUCAACAGUCACAACAUCCUGGACAACCUCACAUCAUAUUCGUGUCAGUGCGCUCCGCCAGUUAACGCUUCAGCUCAGCUCUUGCAGACGUGGAACCAGUCAGGAUACAGCCCGGACUCCAUCCCCUGGAGCAGCCUCAAUGUUUCGAUGUGUAAAGUGCUCCAUGGAGAUUUUGUGGGCACAGCCUGCAGUAACCAUGGACCCUACAUCCCAGAUGUCCUCUUCUGGUCCAUCAUUCUCUUCUUUACCACCUUCUUUUUGUCCUCUUUCCUCAAACAGUUCAAAACAGAGAGAUAUUUCCCCACCAAGGUGCGAUCUACUAUUAGUGACUUUGCUGUCUUUAUAACUAUCAUGGUCAUGGUGUUGGUGGACUACCUAAUGGGGAUCCCCUCCCCUAAGCUUAAUGUCCCUGAUCGUUUUGAGCCAACGUCAAAGAACAGAGGCUGGCUGAUGGACCCUUUGGGAGAAAACCCUUGGUGGACACUGCUGGUGGCGGCACUUCCUGCCCUUCUGUGCACCAUCCUCAUCUUUAUGGAUCAACAGAUCACUGCUGUCAUCAUCAACCGCAAAGAGCACAAGCUUAAGAAAGGCUGCGGCUAUCACCUGGACUUAAUGAUUGUGGCAGUAAUGCUGGGCGUGUGUUCUAUUAUGGGCCUGCCCUGGUUCGUGGCUGCUACUGUCCUGUCCAUUUCGCACGUCAACAGCCUGAAAGUGGAAUCCGGCUGCUCUGCUCCCGGAGAACAGCCAAAGUUUCUAGGUAUCCGGGAGCAGCGGGUCACUGGAUUCAUGAUCUUUGUCCUCAUGGGCUGCUCCGUUUUCAUGACAUCAGCGCUUAAGUUCAUUCCGAUGCCAGUGCUGUAUGGAGUCUUUCUCUACAUGGGCGCCUCCUCUCUCAAAGGCAUCCAAUUCUUUGACAGAAUCAAACUGUUUGGCAUGCCUGCCAAGCACCAGCCUGACCUUAUUUACCUGCGCUACGUUCCUUUGUGGAAAGUCCAUAUAUUCACGUUAGUGCAGCUCACUUGUCUGGUGCUUCUCUGGGUCAUCAAGGCCUCUGCUGCAGCGGUCGUCUUCCCCAUGAUGGUUCUAGCGCUGGUCUUUAUCCGAAAGCUUCUAGAUUUCUUUUUCACAAAGAGAGAGUUAAGCUGGCUAGAUGACUUGAUGCCGGAGAGCAAGAAGAAAAAAGAAGAUGACAAGAAAAAGAAAGCGCGUGCAAAGCUGGAAGAGGAGACUCGACUACUUCGUCAAGAAGAGCUCGGCUUGCAGGUCAGCUUCGACAACUCAAACCUGCUCAACCUCCCAGAAAAGACGCUCUCAGGGAGCCUGGAGAAGGCGGCCUGCGUUCGAGUGGACAUCAGCCCUGACACGCCAGGAGAGACUUCCACUGUGGAGACCUUCUUGUGAUGGCGUCUCCUCCCGCACAACACGGAGCACAACUCCAAACGUACUGUACACACAGCGAAACCUGCCAGUGUAUCUUUAGCACAGCAGGUGAGCUCCACCAGGCUGGCCGGUUGCCAUGGCGAACUGUAAUGAUGUACCGUAGAUCCACAUGUAUCGACUUUUUGUUUUUUACCAUUUGCAUCUCUGGUGCCAAAGGAAUGGGCCGCAGUCUUGGCGUCAUUGUUAAUUGUAUGAUAUUAGUCUCUCUACUGUAAAAACAUCUCCAACACAAAAGUGAGCAGCACCAGCGCCAUUCACUUCAGGCCCUUCAGGAAAUAUCCAUGCCAUCUAAUAUUGUGGAAAUAACCUGUCGCUGUACAAAACAAAACAGAGGUACUUUGCAUCAUAUGUAACUAAAAAGGAUACCUUGUAGUGUUCUCUCUUUGUGCAGAACAAUGCGCUGCUUAAAAAAAUAAUUAGUUUUUAAAAAAAAUCAGAAUCUUUUUAUCCAUAAAUAUAUAUACUGUAUGUUCAUAAUGAAUGCAUGUAUGUUUUUUUCUACUGUUUCAUUGAUAACAAUGUAAAAAGAUGACGACAGAGGCCAUAUGAAGUCUGUACUGUCCAGUAAGCACUUUGCCAGCAUAUUUUACCUAAACAAUUCUCUCGAAAGGCAGCAAUACUGGCCCGUAUGUCUUUAGGGGUGCACGAUAGAUACUGAAUUAUGACCUCAAAACCGAUAAAAAUAAGAAAAAUAGCUCCGAUAACCGGUAAAAAUGGAAAAAAAGACAUUCUAAUGAGGCAAGAUUACUCUUGCUGUGCUGUAGGUGGGUUAGGGUGAGCAAAUUAAGCGCUCCUUUUCUCCUACUAAACGUUCCCUCAGGUCACUGUAAACAAACAUGCCGUCGUUCGUACUUUGUGUGCUAUUUUGCAAACAUUCCGCGUGGAGGGAAAAAACAUAACCCUUCAACACAUUAAACCUUAUCAGCCACCCGAAGGUGUGCACAAACUGCAAUGUUAAAAAUAAUAUAAGUUAUUGAGAAAGGUUAUAGCUUAUCUGUAUUGGUAAAAAAUAUUGUGCAUCCCUAAUUAAUGUAUCACAAUAGUUUUAAUCAAUGCUUUUAAUUGUAAACGUUAAUGAAAAUAAUUAAGAGAAUAAUGCUAACGUCGGCUCGUUUUUACUUUGCUGUGAUGCUUUCUCGGCAAAGUACAGUGGAACCUUAAAUGUCGAACAUUAGCAGUUUCCUGACGCUAGUUAGUUAUUUAGAGAUGAAAAAUGUUUUUCCAUAGAAGUUAAUGGACAUUUAUCAUCAUGUUUUUGCUAGUUUAAUUUACCGUCAAGCCAAUGUUUUAACCUUUUCCUAUAAAAUGACACAGGGUUUAUUGUAUGAUUUUGUUUUGUUUAUGUCUGAAAUGGAGUGGGAAGAAGCAGCGUUACCACUUAACAUAUUUGUGUAUAUUUACGUCAAGCAAAUAUCCUAAUGGUAUUCACAGGUCUGCAUGGAUGAUCUUGGUAUCAAAGUAAAGGGGAUACUUUGAUGCUUACUGCACAUGUGAGAAUGUAGCUAUCUAUGCUACUUUGUAAAUGUAAGUGUAUAUGCUGUUUGUUCAGUCAGUUAUAGCGGUAGAGGAAUGAUACUCAUACCGCUGGAAGUGUUGACUUUCAAGCUGGGCCGAGUUUCUAUUAUUAGGGUUUUGUAUUACAAAGUUAUUUAUGACAAAUGCUAAUCUUGUGGUCAUUUGGGGUUUGAAUUGUCUUGUUUUCCUAAAAUCAGUUGUUUAGCUUUUAGCUGACGUUUUUCUCUUUACGUGGACAGCUACAGUAUCGUGAUAGUAAGCAAUGACCAUGGUACAGCACCUCUGGCCCUGUGUUUUUAUAAGGUAAUUUUAACACUCAUAAAUGUCAUAGAAGUAUGAAGUGAAAUUAAUCAGCGUAAUGCUGAUACAUUCAAACAAUGAGGCUUUUUUUUUUUUUUUUUUUUUUUUAAAGAAGUUAACCUCUAUUUAUGUAAUUAAAUGGGAACUGCACUUUUUUGGAAUGGUGUCCAUCAUCCACAAUCCUUAUGAGACAAGAACACACGGCUUUCCCUUUUCUGUGCGUUCUAAGUACCGGUAGUGAAAAUCUGCUUUUACGUUAUUAGGGUUCAUAUAUUCCGCCUAUAAAGCAGUCUAAUAAAACACCCACAAACCGGCAACAACGCUCCAUUUUCAUGCCGUUACCUGCAUAAUAACCAAGCUAUUGAAAAAUUGUUAUUGUAAGAGCUAACACAGAGGGCCUACUUUUUGGCGUCGUGACACAUUGCCUUGCUCCUCUGGCUUAAGCUGCUAAGAGCGUUAAUUCUGACCCACCGUAAAAUAAAGAAAAAGAAGCCGGGCUGCUAAUACUUUGGUUAUAAACAAAGCAGAAGGCGCUUCUGCUGUAUUGCAAAUAGUGUAUCUCACUUGUUUAGUAGUAGGUUGUGGCACCAAGAAAAUCCACUUGAUGGAACACAGCAAAAAACUAAAAUCACUCAGAAGCAUUUUUUACCUGAGGUAGGAUUAUUCAAAAUUUUGCAGCUGAAGGACAGCACAAGUGCUGAAAGAUACAACCAUCCCAGUGAGAGCGGACAUUGUCAGUCACUGUUUUAUGUUUAUAUUUGAAACGUUUAGCAAUAGUGCUACAUGAUAAUGCUCCGCGGCUCUGAAAAAGUCUGCAGUUAGUGGUAGCAAACACAGAAAGUGCUCUCUUUGCUACUCUUGUCGACAGAAGUAAAGUUAGUUGGGAUGCACUCUGUGAAAUUAAUGUGCAUUGGAAAGAAGUUACAGGAAUGCUUAGAAUCAUCAAAAUACUAGACCCAAACACAGGACCAAAACUUUUCCAUCAAAGGCAACAUACAUAAAGAGGACAAAUUUCACCACAUCUAGUGUGUGUGUGACAAUCAUUGGUACUUUAAUCUUUAAUCUUAAUUUAAGAACACAGCGAGGCGUUUUGAUACAUUUUUGGGGGGUUUGCGUGUACUAAAACAUGUGCAAACUUGAUAGAGCACACAAAGCUGAUCUACUAAACAUGUACAAAGUGGAUUGCGUCUGUUAAAUAAGCAGAACAAGGCGUGCAAUCCAUUUUGCGUCUCUGUUUUCAGCAAUAUGCAAAAUAUAUGCUGAUCAUCAAAAGGCCCACAAUACUGGGAGGAGAAAAUACAUAUAUACGCAAUGUCAUUUAUCAACACCGUUUUGCGAGCACUAUUUUGCGUUUUAUUUAGCCCGUCUGAAAAAGAUGCACAGACUGACAGUUCCACACGACUGUGAGAAAUAAGUGUUUAGGCUACAAAGACCUACGUUUACGUUUCAACAUACAGUAUUUGGACGGUCAGAAAUAAACAAAAUAUUAGACACGUAGUCGAUUCAGCAACAUCGUUUUAUAGUUUUAUAGCUGCUAAAUGACUUAAGGGGCCGAUUAAAAUCAAUUCAUUUGAUACGUUUUGUUGUCAUUUAAUAUUUUUUGGAUGACAUUCUUUUUUUUAACUAGAAUAUACAUCACUGACAUAUAUAUAUAUAUCCUAUAUUAUGAAAAAACGUUUGAAGUAUGCAUUUUUUGUGUAUUGAGUACAUAAGUGCAACCUCAGUCGCAUGCACCUGCGGUAAAAAAAAGUGGUGCCACUGUAGAUGCACUGCUGUCAAAAUGCCCAUAAAAAGUGGUAGAUGGCAAAGCGCCACAGGUAGGAGCAUGAUAACAUAAGUGUACAGUAAAUGAUGGUCUCUGUGGUGAUGCCCCGUAUAGUACAUGCAAAAUCUUCAUUUAAAUAAGGCGGUCUUCACCAGUUUUAAAUUGUGCAUGCAGUUUUAGUAGAUCACACGCAACACGGCCACUAAUAGUAUACGCUAUUUUAUAGCUUGCACACGCACAAGGUAUUUAUAUUGUAAACCAGGCAGACGCUAUAACAGAUCCAAUAUAGAUCAAUAUAUGCUAAUCAACGCGUUAGCUUUAUCUUAUAGCUGACAUAGCAAGCUGGUUUUAUAUAUAAUAAUAUGAAGUGCAUCAUUAAUAAUACAUUUAUUUUUUUAAAUGUGACAAUCCUGGUUUCAAAAGACUUAGAAUUAUUUUAUUUUUAAGAAAUGAGGAAAAAAGUGUUAUUAGCCAAAAUGCCGCAAUGAUAGUUCUUGCAUGUGGUGCCAUAUCCCAAUGCUUUGACAAUGAGAUCACUAAUUUGCAUGUUCCCUUACCUAAAAACAAACAACUUUGUGACACAAUAAUAGGGACUAAAGAUAGAGUCCAUGCCAACUAAAAUGUUCCACACAUUUUAACAAUACACAAAAAAUAUACAAAUAAGAAUUAAAUGUACCGUAUUUUCCGGACUAUAGAGCUCACCAGUAUGUAAGCCACACCCACAACAUUAAAAAAAAAAAAAAAAAAAGUUUUUCCAUAUAUGUGAAAUUAGUUAUUUACACAGAAAGAUUUUGUAAAUGUUUAUACCUCUAAUUGUUUCCAAUAGGUGCCUGUAAAAAGGCAGUAAAACGACUGAAUAAACAAAACAGAAGUCAUCGUCAUUAACCCACUUGCUGCAGAAGCUAGCUCUCCAAUCCGCUAAACAGACUUAAUAACGCCACGGUGAACAGAAUGCCAUUGUAAGCUAAUCAUACUAACACAGACACUUGUAAACAUGUUAGCAUAUUAGCUCAUUGUAACAACGCUAGCUUGAUUACAUUACGAUAGCGUGUAUAAAUAUGCAUGAAAACACUUCUACAGACACCACACAUUGGAUGUUUUAGUAAUUAUGAACAGUUUUAGAUACAUUGUAAAACUUGCAAAUGUUGCUUGGAGUAAUGAACAAAGAAUCCAUUUUGAGUAGAAACACUAUGGCUUCCAGUGGAAAGCACUAAACAGAUGUUGUAGCCGUUCACCCCGCAGCAACUGCAGUGAGCGAACUCGUCCGAAAGACGACGCAAAUAUUAGCAAAGAACAAUCCAUAAAAUUAGCCACACCAUUUUAUAAGCCGCAGGGUUCAAAGCGUAAUAGUCCGGAAUUUACAGUACAUAUGUUAAUAAUGCACACAUGAUGAACAUGUGAAUGCAAAUCACUUGCCAUGAAUGCGAGUCAAAGGCUAGACUGCCUUGCAGUUUAUCAAAUAGACGCAUCACAAGCUGUGCCUGCAUUCUUUACGUCCACAAGUCAAAAAGUUCAUCAUUGUCGUUGUCACAAUAUGCUGAGACAUGUUGUAAAGAUAAAACAAAUAUAUAUCUGUAGUCGGAAAAUAGCCUCCGUACCGCACGUUGGACACCCCUAGCCUAGUCACUUAUUUUUCGUCCUUGAAGCCCCAAAUGAGUCAUGCGCCGUCAAACAUUAUUUCUGUGUGCAUUAAUUACACCAUCCAUGUCCCCUCAGGGGUUGUGCGUCACGCUGCCAGAACCACUAAUUAAAAUGUAAAAUAAUCACCUAGCUCCAGCCGUUCACGUUAGCAGAAUCUCACAGUCAUUUCCCGUAUUAUUAAUUCGUUUUUGAGUAAUCAGUAGAUAAAUACCGCAUUUUUCUGACUAUAAGACGCACCGGUAUAUAAGCUGCACACACUAAAUUCAGAGGAAAAUACUUUUUUUUCACACACACCGGACUAUAAGGCGGAGAUAUUCACCUGUACGUUGUGAAAUUAGUUAUUUACAUGAACAAUUUUGUAAAUAUUUAUUCACAUACCAUAAGUGUGUCCAAACGGUUCCUCUAUAACAGGGCAGUAAAACGGCUGAUCAAACAAAACAGAGACGUCUUUAUUCAUCUUUUGUGAGAUGAAGAUUUUCUCCUUUUUUUAGUAAGGUUCAAGAUGUUUCUUGUACUUUGUGAACACUUUAAACAGUUUUCUUAAAGGGGAUCAUUUUAGUACAUUGUUAGAUUCAUUUGCUUAAUCCAUUCUGUCAGGUUCAAACACUGAUGACAUCUAUUAAACAAGACAAGAAGCAAGGAAUUAAACAGAGACAGAAUUAAAUUUGGCUCAAUGAGGAGAAACGAGUACACCUGUACCCUUGUACAGUAUUCCACGCUCUGACGAAAGAUUGUACGCCUCCUCUUUUAUUUAGACUUUCCCUGAUUACAUGGCAACACAGCUGUUUCUAAGGGAGGGGGGUCGUAAACAGCCAUCGUCUUUGUCACAAAACAGUUAAAAGAAAAGGUCGUAAAACAGUUAAAAGAAAAAGUCGCCUGGAGGGGAGUCUAGUCCUGCUUCCAUUUCGCUUUGUAGUUCUCGGGUCAAGACAAAAUCUUUCUGUGGAUUACAAUACAUCAAAGAAACAGAACACCUUCAUGUUGCUUCCCAUCCUACACAGUGGAGUUUUACAAGCCUUCUUCUUGGUAGGAUCAAAGACAGUUUUCUCGCCGGUAACUCAUGGCAAUACAAAGUUUUGUGAUGAUUUAGAUACAAUUAAUCUGACACAUUCCAUAAUUCAGCCGUUAACAAAGAUUAGCUGGGUUCAAAGAUCAGGAAAAAAGUAGCGGUUUAUAGUCCGGAAAAUACGGUACUUUAAAACUGAUAUGGUUAUUAUGACCAAAAAGGAAAUAUGGAAUAAUUAUUUCCUGCUCUUCCAUACUUCCCUCAUGCUCUUUCAGCAUUUCCUCAAACACCUUGGGGGAAACAUCAGUAGAAGAGGACGCAAAAUAGACUACUAGCGGCUCAUCUUCUUUUCCUCUCGUUUUGAUCACCGGGUCUGCUCUUUGUCAGUCGUUCUCCCCCUCCGGGGUGCUCCUGAUUUUCGGGAUCACCUUUUAAAUUAGUUUUCCAUCCAAACCCCCAACAAACCCCUUCUUUUUUUAAAGUAAAAUCACGAACAUAAUUGCUGCAAAUUAAACUCCUCUCUCUUGGUUCGUCCCAUUUUGACCGGAGAGGUCCGUACUUUCCUCAUAUUCCCAUCAUUUGGAAAUGACCCCUUCUUUAGUUGUAUUGCUACAACCUGCAACCACGCACCUGGCAGCCAUAUUUGAUCAUUCCUUCAGAUUGGGGAUGAAGAUGCUACCAAAAACAACAGACUAUAUGCAAUGUGAAAUUGCCUCCACUCUUUUCUGUAGGAUGACCUUGUAAACACAAUUUUAGGUCCAUAGCUAUGAAACAAGUGCCAAUGUUGUCAGCAUUAGAGGGACCCUUAACACCCUUUAUUGAGGCUGGUCUUUGAUUUGUGGAGGGAAACCACACAAAUGUAAAGAAGAAGCCCAACAAAACGAGGCUGCUGAAGUCGUAUGCGAUCUUUUGAGGUUCCACAGUACUAUCAGCCGUCUUUGUGGCAACUGCUGCUGCACUUUUAAAUCACACACACACACACACACACACACACACACACACACACACACACACACACACACACACACACACACACACACACACACACACACACACACACACACACACACACACACACACA